GGGAAACUAAUCUCGCCGUCAGACCAACAAGCGUCACAGAGAGACCACAUGAGAGGAGCUGGCUGCACAAUUAGACCAGUCCUCUGUUUUGUUUCUCUGGACCUGAGUCUUCAUGCAUCGAGACUGAAUAAGAAGUCGCUCAGAUUUUUAGAGAGGAUAUUGGAAUUUUGUAGAAAUGCAAGCAGUCAGGUCUCUGUUUAUCUCCCAGUGGUCCUCAGAUGUGUCCCUGGAGGGAAAGACAGCCAUCGUGACGGGGGCUAACGUGGGCAUUGGAAAAGAGACGGCCAAGGACCUGGCCAGCAGAGGUGCCCGGGUGAUUUUGGCGUGCAGAGACAUGGCAAAGGCAGAGCAGGCCGUCCGUGACAUCAUGAGGGAAGUGGAGGGGGCCAGGGUGGUCGCCAAGCAACUGGAUCUCGCUGACACCAAGUCGAUCUGCCAGUUUGCCGAGAAUGUCUACAACAGUGAAAAGUAUCUUCACUUCCUGAUCAACAAUGCAGGCGUGGCUAUUUGCCCUCACGCCACGACGGUGGAUGGAUACGAGUUGCAGUUCGGAGUCAACCACUUGGGCCAUUUCUUCCUGACCUUCCUGUUACUCGACCUGCUGAAGCACUCUGCCCCGGCCCGCGUCAUCAACCUGUCGUCGUCGGCUCACGCCAUGGGCAGGAUCCACUUCGAAGACCUCAGCGGCGAGAAGGACUACCACCCGGUGCGGGCGUACGCGCAGAGCAAGUUGGCCAACGUCCUGUUCACCAGGGAGCUGGCCAAGAGGACUGAGGCCUUUGGUGUGACGACUUAUUCCGUGGACCCCGGGGUGGUGAACACUGAAAUAACCAGGCACAUAGGGCGCCCUCUUCUGGACGUAAUCAAGACAAUGGGUAUGCUGUUCAGGACCCGGCAGAGGGGGGCCUACACCACCGUCUACUGCACCGUCACCCCUGAGCACCUGCUGCACACAGGAGGAUACUACAGGGACUGUGCCAGUGCAAAGAGCUGCCGGGCCGGACAGGAUGAUGGCAUUGCCUCAAAGCUGUGGGCUGUGAGCUGCCACCUGCUGGGCAUCUGCUGGAGAUAA